AAAAUAAAGAGGGUCGAACAAACCAGAAGGGUUGCAAUUGGAAGUGAGUAUAGCAUUAGGCCAUUAGCAUACGCUGCGGUUUGUAUUGAAUUCCUUCAUCGUUCGAGUUUUUGAGGGUAUUUGGGAUUCGGGUCUAGGCUUUGGGUCUCUGGGCGUCUCUUCAAAUUUCAAGGAUUUAACCUCCCAAUAACAGAACCAAAAGUAAAAAUCCCACCUUGCUGACGUUUCUCCAUUUAAGGCCAUGGCUGGGAAGAAAAUUAUAGCAAUAUGUCAGUCUGGUGGCGAUUUUGUCACCAAUAAAGACGGUUCUUUGUCCUACAAUGGCGGCGAGGCCUAUGCUAUAGAUAUCAAUGAGCAAUCCAAGUUAAGUGAUAUCAAGUCUGAGAUAAAAGACAUGUUUAACUUGAGGUCUGGUAACAUGUCUAUCAAGUACUUCCUCCCUGGGAACAAGAAGACCCUCAUAACCAUCUCCAAAGAAAAGGAUUUGCAUCGCAUGCUUAACUUCAUCAGCGAAACUUCGACCGUUGAUGUCUUCAUUGUGCCAGAGGAAGCGGCUGCUCGGAAUGUUUCCAACAUGCCUGCUAGUAGGUCGAGCGGGAUGACUAUUUCAGAAGUUGGGGUUCCUAUUGUUGCGCCUGCCAAUGCUGAUGUUGGGAUGAUCAAUGGCAUCGACCAACUUGACUUGGUCAUGCCGAAUGAAACUCCUUUGGACUGUAUGCCCCUUGAUAUGAAUGAUGGGAAGCAUCUUAAAGCUGCUGAAGUUUGGGAGAAUACGAUAACUGGUGUUGACCAAAGAUUUAAUAGUUUUAAUGAAUUCCGAGAAGCUGUGCAUAAAUACUCAGUUGCACAUGGUUUUGCUUAUAGGUUUAAGAAAAACAACCACCAUCGUGCUACUGUUAAAUGCAAAGCUCAAGGCUGCCCCUGGAGGAUAUUUGCGUCACAACUGUCCACUACCCAGUUGAUUUGUAUCAAGAAAAUGAACACGACGCACACAUGUGAAGGAGCAGCUGUAAAAGCUGGGCACCGGGCAACAAGGGGCUGGGUGGGAAGUAUCAUAAAGGAGAAAUUGAAAGCUUCUUCCAACUGCAAGCCAAAAGACAUUGCCAAUGACAUCAAAAGAGAAUAUGGAAUCCAACUGAAUUAUGCUCAGACAUGGCGAGCAAUAGAGAUUGCCAAGGAACAACUUCAAGGAUCCAUUAAAGAGGCAUAUAAUCUCUUACCUUAUUUCUGUGAGAAGAUAAAAGAGACUAACCCGGGCAGUAUUGUCUCCUUUAUUACAAAGGAUGACUUGAGCUUCCAUCGACUCUUUGUCUCGUUUCAUGCCUCGAUAUCUGGUUUUUUACAAGGCUGUCGACCCCUAAUUUUUCUUGACAGUACUAUUUUAAAUUCAAAAUACGGAGGGACGUUGUUGGCUGCAACCGCCGCUGAUGCAGAGGAUGGUAUUUUUCCUGUAGCUUUUGCUGUAGUUGAUGCUGAGAAUGAAGACAAUUGGACUUGGUUUCUAGGGGAACUCAAAUCUGCAGUUUCUACUUCAAGCCAGUUAACAUUUGUUGCAGAUAUUCAGAAUGGUUUAAAGCGGGCACUGGCUGAUGUAUUUGAUAAAUGCUACCACAGCUAUUGUUUAAAGCAUCUUGCCGACAAACUCAUCAGAGAUUUAAAGGGGCAGUUUUCUCAUGACGCCAGACGGUUUAUGAUCAAUGACUUUUAUGCUGCUGCCCGUGCACCACGACUUGAAGGUUUCCAGCAAGCUGCUGAAAAUUUGAAAGCCAUUUCUCCUGAAGUUUACGAAUGGGUCAUCCAAAGUGAACCAGAGCACUGGGCAAAUGCUUUUUUUGCAGGAGCAAGGUAUAACCACAUGGUCUCAAGCUUUGGACAGGAGUUUUUUAGUUGGGUAUCAGAAGCACAUGAGUUUCCUAUAACACACAUGAUUAAUCUAUUACGGGGUAAGAUGAUGGAGUCGAUCUACAAACGUCGUGUGGAUUCCAGUCAGUGGAUGACAACCUUAACUCCAAGUAACGAGGAAAAGUUGCAGAAGGAAACAGCGAUGGCGCGGUCGCUUCAAGUGUUACUCACACAUGGUAGCAUAUUUGAAGUUCGUGGGGAAUGUGUUGAGGGGACAUCUGUUGAGGUUGUUAAUAUAGAUCAUUGGGACUGCAGCUGCAAGGGCUGGCAACUUACCGGUUUGCCUUGUUGUCAUGCUAUUGCUGUCUUUGAAUGCGUUGGUAGAAGUCCUUAUGACUAUUGUUCUAGAUACUUCACAACCGAGAGUUUCCGCUUAACAUAUUCCGAAUCCAUUCAUCCUGUUCCAAAUGUGGAAGGACCAAUCGAGGAUGAAUCACUUGAGGUAGCUGUUACUGUAACUCCUCCAACUGAACGCCCACCAGGUCGACCAAAGAAGCAGGAAUCAAUAGACCUUCUUAAACGGCAGCUCCAAUGUAGCAAAUGCAAGGGCCUUGGCCACAACAAGAAAACUUGCAAAAACACCUAGUGUAGAUGUAGGACACUUGGCUUAUUUGGACUCUUAGGGGGGGGGGGUGAUUUCUUUCACUACUUCUGUCAUUGCCCUGAUCCUUCAUCACCAUUCCAAGUGCUGACCGACUAUCUGAAAGCAAGCAUAUGCAGUAACAGUAACGUCAAGGAGCUGCGGAGACUGACCUUUUUUACUUUCUGUUUGUAAGAAUAUGAAAAAAAAUCCAACAAUUAUGGUCUUAAUUCUUUUGAUUUGGUGAUGAUGAGGUGAGUAAUAGGCAGGAGCAGGGCUUAACAUGGUGUGGCAUUUUGUUGGUUAAACUGAGAUGUAUUUCCCUUAUCGGUUAACUUAGAACACUUUGAAUGUAGUUGGUUUUUUUUAUGCUUUC